AUGGGCCCCUGUACCGCCUCCUCAUGCUGCUGCCAGGCCCUAAUCUGCCAUGGGCCCCUGUACCGCCUCCUCAUGCUGCUGCCAGGCCCCUAAUCUGCCAUGGGCCCCUAUACCGCCUCCUCAUGCUGCUGCCAGGUCCAGAGUCUCUCAUGGGUCCCUGUACGGCCUCCCAUUGCUGCUGUCUCCAUCGCCACACUCUGCCAUGUGCCACUUUCAGGUCUCCUCACACACUGCUGGUGUGUUCCAUUUUUUGUCAUAGGGUGCUGGCAGAUUACGGGCCUCCCAUAGCUGCUGCCAGGCCCCUAAUCUGCCAUGGGCCCCUGUACCGUAUGCUGCUGCCAGGUCCAGAGUCUCCAUGGGUCCCUGUACGGCCUCCUCAUGCUGCUGCCUCCCAGGUCUCCAUCGCCACACUCAUGCCAUGUGCCACUUUCAGGUCUCCUCACACUGCUGGUGUGUUCCAUUUUUUGUCAUAGGGUGCUG